AUGGGUUGGCUUACCUCGUUUCUCUACUCCCAAUUCUUUGUCACACUGCCCCUCCCUACCCAUGACUUCACGGACCAAACUAUCAUCGUAACCGGUUCCAACACUGGUCUUGGUCUCGAAGCAGCUCGACAUCUUUCCCGCCUCAACACAAGUCUCCUUAUCCUCGCUGUCCGAAACCAAGCCAAAGGAAAAGCAGCAAAGCAAUCCAUUCUCGCUAGUACAGGUCGACCCGAGUCUAGUAUCGAGGUAUGGGAUCUUGACAUGCAAUCAUAUGAAUCCAUCAAAGAAUUUUGCACAAGAGUCAACACACUUCAUCGACUCGAUGCUGUGCUUGCAAAUGCAGGUAUUGUGACCAAUCAUUUCAAUCUGGUAGGAGGAUAUGAAUCUAUCAUUACGACAAAUAUCAUUGGAACUUUCCUUCUUGCUUUUGGGUUACUACCGAAGCUGAAACAAUCGGCGGAGGAAUAUAAGAUGCAACCUAGACUUUCUAUUGUGGCUUCUGAUUUGCAUUUUAUUGCCAAAUUCGCCGAAGGUCAAGAGGAAGAUAUCUUCGCAGCAUUGAAUAAUGAGAAGUCGGAAUUAGGUCUAGAAAGAUAUGCUGCAUCGAAAUUAAUUCAAGUCUACGGCGUACGCGAACUAGCUCACCUUCUAACCCGUGAAGCAGACUCGGUAUCACCGACUGUCAUCGUCAACUGCAUGACACCCGGUUAUUGUCAGUCAGACUUUCACCGCGAAGAUGUAGGUUUUGAGUGGUUGAAAAGAUGGAUCUUGAGCACAAUAUUCGCACGCACUACUGAAGUUGGGAGUAGAGCUUUGGUGGCUAGUAUUGCUGCUGGUGAGGAAAGCCAUGGGUCAUAUAUGGCUGAUUGUGUGGUUGCUGAGCCAGGUCCAUUGGUUCGAGGAUCUGAGGGUAUGAAGUUGCAGAAGAAGGUGUGGGAUCAACUACUUCGGCAAUUAGAGACUAUUCAGCCUGGUAUAACUUCCAGUGUUUGA